AUGCAGCUGCUGCUCCUCAGGUCGGCAGCCAGGUGCCAACCCUGGCACCCGCCACCGCCCGCCACACGGCCGCCGCGGCUGCUCCGCCCCGCCCUGCCGGCGCCCUCCCGCCGGCGGCAGCGCGCGGCCGCGGCGGCCGGGCGCUACGAGGCCGCCGACACGGCCGCGGGCAGCGUGGUGGUGGAGGUGUGCCAGGACGAGGCGGCGGUCGCCCAGUUCCUGUGCGACGCGGUGGAAGCGGCGGCGGUGGCCGCGGUGGAGCAGCGCGGCGCCUUCACCCUCGCCAUCCCAGGCGGGUCGGUGCUCAAGGCGCUGAACGGGCUGGCCGGCCGCCCUGCCAUCCCCUGGGACAGGGUGCGCCUGUUCUUCGUCAACCACAAGACAGUGCCAAAUGACGACGCCGGCAGCUCUUACGCCAAAGCUCGGGAGCUGUUCCUUGACGCAGCAGGCGCGCCACCCGAGGCGGUCGUCACCCUGACCGGCAGCGACGACGCCGAGGCGGAGGCGGCGGCGUACGGCGCGGCGCUGGCGGCGGCGGCCGAGGCCGUCGGCAUGGAGCGGGCGCCAUCUGGCGCGCCGCGGUUCGACAUGGUUCUCCUGGGGGUGGGCGCCGACGGCCAUGUGGGGUCCCUCUACCCGGGAGGCCGCGCCACAGACGCCAGCGGGGCCUGGGUGCUGGCCGUGACCAAGGCCAAGCCGCCAGCCUCCAUCACGCUCAGCCUGGGAGUCAUGAACGCGGCGCGCCGCGUGGUGGUCUGCCUGACCGGCGCCAACAAGGCCAACGCCGCCAAGCUGGCGCUGGAGACGCCGGUGCCGGCGGGCGAGUUCCCCGCGCAGCUGGUGCAGCCCGACGCGGCGCCCGCGGUGUGGCUGCUGGACGAGGCCGCCGCCGCCAAGCUGGACCUGGUGCACGGCAGCCCGCGCGGCGGCAUGCUGCAGAGCGACGGCUCCAUCCUGUACAGCUUCUCCGACUAG